CAACGUCAUUUCCAAAAAAAUAUAUUUCUGGAGUCGCCGGUCGAUUCUUGUUUUGCUUGCAUUUUUGGGGUGAAAGUUUUAAAAGUUAUUCAAAAAUACUGCAUUUUAAACAGUUGAAAAGCUUGUGCUCAAGUGUUAGCAAAAUGACGGUGAUAACGCUUAUCUCGACGAACAAAUGCUUCGGCGGCCUGCAGAAGAUCUUCUCGCACCAGUCGAAGGAGCUGGACUGCGAGAUGAAGUUCGCCAUCUUCCUGCCGGACGGCGCGCCCGCAGCGGACGCCAAACUGCCGGUGCUGUACUGGCUGAGCGGGUUGACCUGCAACGAGACCAACUUCAUCCAAAAGUCCGGCUUCCAGCGUUACGCCGCGGAACAUGGGUUGAUUGUGGUCUGCCCGGAUACGUCGCCACGGGGUGUGAACCUGCCCGGCGAGGACGACUCGUGGGACUUUGGCAGUGGGGCGGGGUUUUACGUGGACGCUUCGAAGGAUCCGUGGAGCAAGCACUACAAGAUGUUUAGCUACGUGACGCAGGAGCUGAUUGAUGUGAUUAAUAAUAACUUUCCGACGGCGGUGGACCGGCAGAGCAUCGCGGGACACAGCAUGGGCGGACACGGGGCGUUGAUUUGCGCGCUGAAGAACCCGGGGUUGUAUAGGUCGGUGUCGGCGUUUGCGCCGAUCUGCAACCCGACCAAGUGUCCGUGGGGAGUGAAGGCUUUCGGGGGGUACUUUGGGGAGGGGGAGAAGGAGGAGUGGCGCAACUGGGACGCGUCGGAACUGGUCGCCGGGUAUAACGGGCCGCCGCUGGAGCUGUACGUGGACCAGGGCGCGGAGGACAGUUUUCUGAAGGAUGGUCAGCUGUUGCCGCACAAUCUGGUGGAGGCUUGCAAGGCGGCGCAGGUUCCGUGCGUGCUGAACAUGAGGGAGGGCUACGAUCACAGCUACUUUUACGUGGCGUCCUUCAUUGGGGAGCAUUUGGCCUACCACGCCCGGCACUUGAAGUGAGAUUAGUGGGAAGAUUGAUGAGAUUAUAAAUCACUUGCUUUGAGCAGAUUUUUUUGUAAU